AUGGGUUCCCGCGAAGAGUGGUGUGCGGACAAAUUAUCUAAGUUAUUGCAGGAGGAAUUGAGAAUUUCAACUUUAAAUGAGAUAAAGGAACACUUCACUUCGAUACCACAUCAAGAAGCAUCCAGAACAGCGAAUGUCUUGGAUCUACCAUUGGUUUUUGACUGUCUGAAUGAUUCCAACCAGGAACAAGUUGAUUUGGCAUGUGAAGUACUAUCCAUUUGUCUGAACAGUCUAAGCUUAGGAGAGAGCACAAACAAAUAUGAUGUUCCCUUAGAAAGAGCAUUGAAUCAUCCUUUUCCUUCUGUGAAACUGAUGGCACUCUCAGAAAUCCAAAGAAACAUACACAAAGAGGAGUCCGCAAUAGAUAUAUGCAAACGAAUUUCUCUCUACAAAAGCAUAUUGAGAUGCAUUGGUGAUGAAGAUCUCUCUGUUGCACAAAAAGCAGCCAAAAUCAUCAGUGUCUUGGGUCUCUCAGAUCUAGGACUCAGAACCUUAGUUUCCAGUGAUGUUGUUGAAGUAUUGUAUGACAUCAUGAGUACUAAUGGAAUUAUAAGACUGAGAUUAUAUGAAGUUGCAGUUAAUGUAGCCAAAGAAUCUGAAUCUAAUUUCACUUUGCUAAGGUCCACUGAUAUAAUAGAUACCAUGAUGGAGGAACUUAAAUCAAAUGAUAUUCUACUUAGAAUGAAUAUAAUUGAAAUCAUCAUUGAUUUAGGUUUGAGUCCUCAUGGAUUUAUUUUUCUGGAAGAAAGUGGUAUCUUGAAAGAGUUAUUCAGUGUGUUAGAUGACAGUGAGAAUCCUAUAACAUUAGAACUUUGUCAGCCAGGUAUUUUGAAGUUUUUUGGAAAUUUGGCUCAAUGGAGACCCAUUGAGAUGAUGUCCAAGUAUCCCAAAGUUGUUGACAGGAUAUACUCUAAUGUUGAAAGUAGUGAUUUGACUGUUGUAAAAGUGUCAUUGGAUACUAUUGGAAUCAUAGGUUCUUCCAAUGAGGGAAAACGUGCCCUAUUGGCAUCAGGAAAUAAAAUCACUUAUUCUAUCAAAACUAUUGUGAAACUAUUGGUUGCUCUACCAAAUGAAGUACGUUUGACAGCUCUAACCUGUUUGGAGAAUCUCCUGCGUGUCACUGACCAAAAAGCCGAAAUAACGAAAAUUACCAAACAAUGGUUUUCACUAUUUGGGGAUGAUCCAAUGGAUAUUGUUCUAAGGUAUUCAAAAAACCCAUUCCCCGAUAUAAGACUGGCGGGAUUUGGAAUUUUGCAUGCCAUCUCUGGUCAGCAAUGGGGACAAGAAGCUAUCAAUAAUACACCAGGUCUUGUGGAGUUUUUGUUGGACAGAAAUUCGGAAACGACGAAAGAAUGCAAGGAGAUGAAAUACGAAAUCGUGAAAGUAUUAUCUACUAGCAGUAUUUUUGAUGAAUCAAUUUCAAGCAGACUUCGAACAUUUCUGAAUGAAGGACCAUACUAUGUGCAAGCUAUAACUGAAAUAGCCAUAGAAGGAGAUGAGUAA